AUGACGCGCUUCUCCUUCCUCCUGCUGGCCUCGGCCAUCUCCCUUACCACAACAGCAUCCAGCCUCAAGCGCGAUACUCUCAAGCCUUUUCAAAAUGGCCGCUUCGCGCCAUCAAAUAAUGCAUCCACCUCGGUAGCAUACGACAACAAUCUCCUCCCGCGGUACUACGAGUGCCUACCAGGUGCACAUCUGUGCGACGCCGGCCAGUGCUGCGACUUUACCUGCUGCUCGGAUGGAUCCUGCUGUCCGGCCGCUCAGCUUUGCUACAACGAUGUGAAGCCAUCCAAGGGACCGACAUAUUGCUGUGAACUGUAUACUGAGAAGGAAUGCGAUACGAGAUGUGUGCCGAUGUUGUCGGAGUGUUGUGGUGAUGGGUUCUAUUGUAAAUGGGGCCAUACAUGCAGUGGGAGCUAUGACGAUGACGACGAUGUUGGGAGCGGUGGUGGUUCUGAAGAUCACGAUUCAACGACUUCGUCCACGUCUACGGAGCGUAAAGUGUCUACUACCUCAGAAUACACGACUCACACGGAGGCGCACACAAGGACAUCCUAUUCUGAGACGGAGUCCACGACAGGUUAUUCCACGACAGAAUCCGAGAGCAGCACUCGAACGCGAUCAAUGGAUACGGAUUCCGCAUCGGAGACCACUGAGACGGAUUCAUCAGCCUCAACCUUGACCUCGACCUCGACCUCAACGUCGUCUCGCAGGACGACGACAGAUUUUCCCACGGUGUCAAGUUUCACCCCAACCAGGACUUUUGUUCCGGUUCCAGUACCAACCAGUACAGUAUCUCUCUCGGGAGCAAACAAGAAUAGCUUCUCGAGCUUCAAGAUGGGAUUGUUGGUGGUCGUGGCUGCAGUUGGUUGGUAUUUUACACUCUGAUCCGCGGACUAACACAAUCCCCCUGGGUGCAUCUCUAACCAAUGUAAAUAUCAAGUGGUGGCCAGAUGGUAUGAUCUCCAAUGCGG